AUGAGGAACUACGCGGGCCGCGGUUUGACGGUCUAUGGGCUGGAUAGCGAACCUACUCCACCACCGUCUCCUUCAACCGCUCAGCCGCUAAACCGCAAGACUCUACUCCCAGUGGGUCCCAGCAGGCGGGUCGUCAAUUCCCUGCGGCGGUUGCCGCUCAUGAAGUCCCAGCAGCGGGUGUUUCGGUGGUCGGAGGACAGGCAGAAGAUCAGAACCGUGAGAGCAAACGUCAGCAGGAUGAGCCAUUCGGUACACGGGGCAGAGAUCCAGCGGGUAGUCAGGACAGGCAGAGGUCAGAUCGGGCAAACAGAAGCGGACAGGAGUAAGCAGGCUCGGAGGUCGAAAGGCAAAACAGAAUCAGUUUCCGGUGUGACAGUAACUCCACAAAGUGCAGACUUGGUUGAGUUCAGUGGUUCUGUCAGUCUGUCUUGCUCCUCCUCUGGAUCGUCUCUCUCCUUCCUCUGGAUGAACAGCAGCUCUGAGGUUACAGCCAGCGACAGAGUUCAGAUCAAAACCACUGAGGGAGGAUCAACUCUGAUGAUAAUCAAUGUGACGCGCUAUGACCACGGUCUAUAUUACUGCCAUGUGCAAAAUCCUGUCUCUGCUGCUAGAAGUGAUCCAGUGAACAUCUUCAUCAGUUAUGGUCCAGAAAAUACAACGCUAAACGUUUCUCCAUCAAAGGAACAUUUUGUAGAAGGGUCAGACAUUACUCUGGGAUGUUCAGCUGAGUCGAGACCUUCUGCUGAAUUUACAUGGUUUCUAAAUGGAGACCCGCUGCCUGAUACUGGACCAGAACUAAACCUGAAGAACAUUCAGGUCAGCCAGAGUGGAAACUACAGCUGCCGGGCCUUUAACAACAAAACUGGGAGAUAUCAAACAUCCCAGCCUUCAAUUAUCUCUGUACUUGAACCAGUUUCCAGUGUGACAGUAACUCCACAAAGUGCAGACUUGGUUGAGUUCAGCAGUUCCAUCAGUCUCUUCUGCUCGGCCUCUGGAUCAUCGCUCUCCUUCCUAUGGAUGAAAAGCAGCUAUGAAGCUAAAGCCAGCAACAGAAUUCAGAUCAGUGAUGGAGGAUCAACUCUGACUAUAUUCAAAGUGACCCGCUAUGACCACGGUCUAUACAGCUGCCAUGUGCAAAAUGCUGUCUCUAAUGGUAGAAGUUCUCCAGUGAACAUCUUCAUCAGCUAUGGUCCAGAAAAUACAACGCUAAAAGUUUCUCCAUCAAAGGAACAUCAUGAAGAAGGAUCAGACAUUACUCUGGGUUGUUUAGCUGAGUCGAGACCUUCUGCUGAAUUUACAUGGUCUCUAAAUGGAGACCCGCUGCCUGAUACUGGACCAGAACUAAACCUGAAGAACAUUCAGAUCAGCCAGAGGGGAAACUACAGCUGUCGGGCCUUUAACAACAAAACUCGGAAAUUUCAAACAUCCCAGGCCUCAGCUGUCUCUGUACUCGAAAAUAAUAAACUCUCAGGAGGUGUCAUUGCUGGAAUAGUAAUCGCAUGUUUAUUAGUUAUUGCUGCAGGAGCUGCUGGAGUCUACUUUGUCUAUAAAAGAAGAAGAAAUCUGAAGGAUACACCACAUUCAGCCAAAACAGAUGGACCAGAAAAUACCCGGCUAAGCGUGUCUCCAUCAAAACAACACUAUGAGGAAGGUUCAGACAUAACCCUGAGCUGCUCCUCUGAGUCCAGGCCUCCUGCUGAGUUUAUGUGGUUUGUGAAUGGAGAGCAGCUGCCUCAUUCUGGUCCAGAGCUGGAACUGAUGAAGGUUCAGAUGAGCCAGAGGGGGAGCUACACAUGCCGGGCCUUUAAUCACAUAACUGGAAGAGAUCAAACAUCUCGGCCAACAGAAAUAGUUGUCAAUGGGUAUAUGUCAUCACAAAGAGUUUCUGCACGUUAGCAUCGCUGGAAUUUUGGUGGCAUCCUUUGUAUUUUUUCAUCCAUAUGUGGUGUAAAACACAUGAGAAAAAAAUAUGUGUCUUCUUUCUUCUUUCUCUCCAAUGUAGGUCUGUCAUUACCUUGUUGAAAGCAUAGAUUUAGAAUAACUAAAUAAAUAGUAAUAAAAUCUGAUGCACUUUGACUAAAGUAUAUCUCACAGAUCAUCAACAAAGCAAAUUCAUAAUUUCUUCUUUGCAAGUUAGUUUCUGAACUCAAUGCUCCCAAUGGUAAAAAAAAAAA